AUGGCUGCAACUGCUCCUACGUUCGACGUAUGCGGUGUGCGCGUAGCUCACGAUCCCGUCAAGGGCAAAGUAGUGUAUAGUGAGCGAGACUUCCAGCCUGGUCACGUAAUAUUCAGCGAGCAGGCGUUCGUGGCGGCCUCAUGGAGCACGGACUUGUGUGGCGGAUGCGAGGAGCUCCGAUCAGCUGCAACUGUCGCUUCUAGCAACGCGUCGACGGGUUCUCGCCAUCGAUGCCAUUGCGAGCGCACUGGUGUAUCCAAGAUCAUGUAUUCGCCACGGCUGCAGGACAAUGUAGGGCGUCGCAAUGUGGUGGUGAACAUUAUGAAGACCAUCGACGGCAUUGAAGAGGUGGACCGAGCACGCUGCAUCCUCAAGUGUCUGGCCAUUUACGAACGCGAUGCUGACGCUUUGAAUCAAGUCAUGGGCUUGACUUGUGUUGGACAGCAACGUGCUACAAAUGCAGCCGUCCAAUUGCGUCGUCAGCUGCCAGACAUCUUCCCCACAGGCUUCUCGGACAAGCAAAUGGCUACACUCAUUGGCGUACUCAAUACCAACUCACACGAGCUGGAGAACCUGGGAGGAUCAGGACUCUUCCUGUCGGCUUGCCGCAUGGAACACAAUUGCAUGCCCAAUUGCAGCUUCACGACGUUUGACUCGACACUGUGGAUGACCGCUAUCCGCCCCAUCGCACCUGGAGACGCUCUGUCCAUCGACUACGGCAAUUUCUUCUACCGUCCGACACCUGAGCGCCAGGAGUCUCUCCUUGCCUCGUACGGGUUCAUGUGCAAGUGCGAAGCCUGUAUGGUGAUGCCAGACCCCACGCGUGCUGUUCGCUGCCUGUCUGGAAACUGUUCGAAGGGUAUCAUGCUACCUUUCCCUGUGCAGACCAGCAGCAGCAUUGAACAGAACCACCUGCAAUUUGAGUGGCAUUGUCAGACGUGCGGUAAGAUCGCAAACGCAGAAGAAAAUACUCGGAUAUUGGCGGCGGAGCAGAAGCUGAUGGAGGAUGGAUUCCCCGAGAGUCUCGAUGAGGUGGACGCCAUCGUACACUGCAACGUGCUACACGAACAUCACUACCUCUUGUUCUGGGCGCUGGACAAUAUUGGCUGCGAGGCCGCUGCCACUACUUCUUUCCAAAUCGAGGUGCAAGUGGCUAAGCAUCGACGAAUGUUAGCCCAGGUCUGGGAACGCAUCAUCGCUUGUAUGAACGUGGUAGUGCCGACAGCUCAUCAUGAGAAGACCAUUUACUAUGACAAUAUGGCUCAGGUUCAGGUGGUGCUGGGCGAUCUCGUAGCAGCCAGUCACGCGUAUGCACGCGCACAUGAGAUUUCGUGCAUCGUCAGUGGUACGGACUGCUUCCCAACGCGCAAACUGCAGCGUUUGAUGAAAACACCUCCACAAACGGCCGAGGAGCUGCAAAAAGUGUAUGCAGCUGAAGUGCAACACCGCCAGCGACCUACAAGUGAGGAUGAGGAUGAAGAUAUGAGUGACGAGUGA